GCCGCGUACGAGGCGCGACCGCGACCGCGAUGCGCGAGCUGCCGUCACCGCGGCCGCUCCCGCAAGCGCCGCGCUAACCUGUACCGAUGCAGUGGCGAAAACUAACCAGGUUGAAAUCUUCGCCGGGCGGACAGUCGCGCGCUCGGAGGAUGCUCUGCUGCGGCCGCAGGAAGGAGAAUGGCCGCGCGGCGCCGGACCUGACGGCUUCGCCGGGCCGCGCGCCGCCCGGCCCGGCGCAGCCCUCGCGCGCCAAUCACGCGCCGCCCUGCGUGCUGCAGCCGGACUUCAGAAAGGUAUCGGGUGUCAGCAAUGAAAUAUUCAGGCAAAUUGAAAUGGUUGAAAAUGAUCACGACGCCACUACGGCCGCGGCGCUCGAGGCAGUGGAGCGACGCGGUGAGAUGAUAGUACGGAUUCUUGAAUUGAGACAAGUUGGCAGAAAUAAUAUAGAAGCCGCUAAGAAGUUCUUUUCUCUGCAAGACGCACGCCACAUAGUUCAACUAGUGGAGAUCGUCAAGCGCCCUGGUCAAACCUUGGGCCUUUACAUUAGAGAAGGAGAUGGCGGUGCAAGGACAGAUGGAGUAUUUAUAUCCAGAAUAGCUUUGGAAUCAGCAGUUUAUAAUAGUGGGUGCCUGAAGGUUGGGGAUGAGAUCCUGGCCGUCAACUUAGUUGAUGUCAGGCGAAUGUCACUAGACGAUGUAGUGAUUAUUAUGUCAAUACCACGGCGUCUGUUGCUGUGUACUAGACAGAGAAAAGGAAAAUCAGGUCCUGGAUCGCCAUCGUUACCGCGCCCUGAGCACAAACCACCACCAGUAGUGGUGUUGAAACGUGACUGCCGGGAUGAUGACGACAGAGAUCGAGACAGGGUCGACGGACUUUACUCACAACACGGUACUCUGCGUUCAACGGGAGGGCCUGGAAGUGCUGUGCGACCUGUUGGAGAUGGCAGAGAGGAGCGAAGUCGUAUGCAGCUCGGAGCAUUGUCACCUGAUUCAACUCCGCUAGAUCUUUAUUAUAAUUCACGACCACCAUCUGAUCACUCUACGUGGAGUUAUCGUCCGCCGCCACCUGUUAUAACGGAACAGCCGAAGUCAUCUGCAACACACUUUGUUCCAUAUGAACGAUCGUAUCCAAAUACAUUAGAGAGUCUAGCAGAAAAAGUACACUCUUUCUAUCCCGAAAGUGGAAGUACUCGUUUCGGAGGCAGAGUGCCGCGAUCAGGUUCUGAACAACAGUUACCAAGGGCGGAAACACAUUCUGAUUUUGGACGUCAUUCGUUACUUCGAUCUAGUUUGAAGGCAUCUGCUGCGGGUCCUGCUUCCAGUUUGUCUAGAUAUGGACAGCGUUAUGGUGGUGUUGGCAUGACUGGUACUGGUCUACCGUCUAGUCUUACAGGUACUGGUCUAGGAGGAACUGGCUUAGGAGGACCUGGUCUACCAUCUGGAUUAUCAUCCACUGGCCUAAGUGGUUUAACAGGUUCUAGCUUGGUAGGUUCAGGCUUGACAGGUUCAGGACUGGGGACUGGAUUAUCGGGAACUGGAUUGAGCUCAACUCUUGGAGCAGGUUAUGGGACUACAGGAUUGGGACUACCAUCUUAUGGGAGUAAAUUUGGAACUACUAGAAGAAAUCGCAGUUUGGAUUACUCAUCUGAUACAGAAGCUACUGCUCCAACAAGAACUCCAUAUUAUUCUGGAUUAAGUGGGUACAGAAGUAGUACUCUGGGAAGAGACAUUGGAUCGAAGUUCAACUCAUUACCGAGAGACGUUAGAGGAACCGGUCAACGAUUGGGUCUGUCAAGACGUGCAGGAAGCGUUCUUCAAGAUGAGCCUGAACCAUUAUCUUCGAGAUUAGACUUACGCUCUUCCAGAGGUCGAUUGCCUUCUUCUCCCUCAGUGUUCACUUCUGAUGAAUAUCGCGCGUGGUUAUCUCGGGCCCCAUCUACAAGCGCGCUGUAUGAAACGCUUCGUCCAAGACUACCUACUCACUACUCCGCUGAAAACAUACAUGAUGCUCUUAAAAAUAUGGAAAGCGGCAGCCGCUUUGGUUCAUCACUCGGUCUGGCCGCACGUCGUAUCGAAAGACCUCGUCACUUACCAGCGCGCUCACUUUCAUCCCAGCAGCUUGGUCCUACAGCCGGUGGAUCACCAUCAGCUCGACGCGUCAGACAAUUGCUCGAAUUGGGGUCUAAAUUUAGCUGCCCUAAUCCCAGCCCUGUACCGACACCAGGCUCAAGGCAUCAGCGCCACCUAGAUAUCAAUCCCAAUGAGUUCCUAAAAUAUAAAGUAGACAAACCAGGUACAGGAGGCCUUUCUUCAUCAAUGACCGGAUUAUCACGUAUAUCUGGAGGUGUAUCUGGAAUGCUGUGGGUUCACCUGCUCGCUGGUCGAGGGUUGCGUCCAGCACCAUCUGGAUCUUCACCUGGAUCACCGCCAUCUGGACCUCUCGCACCACCACAACCUCCAGUAGCACCCCGUGAUCUGUAUUGUGUCUUAGAGUGCGAUCGCGUUCAUAAAGCACGUACAGUGGUUCGAACUGGUGAGCUUCAAUUUGAUUGGGACGAGUCAUUCGAGUUAGAACUUGUUGACAACCGUCAGCUUGAUGUAUUGGUAUACUCCUGGGAUCCACAACACAGGCACAAGUUGUGCUUCCGAGGAGCUGUCACACUGCCAGAUUUACUAACUCGUUCUCCAUCUCACCAACUUGCGAUAAAAAUGGAGCCCCGGGGUACUCUCUAUAUGCGGGUUCGUCAUACGGAGCCACACGAGCUGUUUCGGCGCCGGCCUGCUGCACCACGUCUAGCACCACCGCCACUGUUCGGUGCAGAGCUUGAGACGGUGGUGGCACGUGAAUUACGACCACCACAUGCACCACCAGUGCCGUUAGUCGUGAGACGGUGUGUGGAAGAGAUAGAGAGACGUGGCUUGGAUAUUAUCGGUCUCUAUCGAUUGUGCGGUUCCGCAAACAAAAAACGUAUAUUGAGAGAAGCUUUUGAGCGCAACGCUCGUGGUGUAGAACUGACUCCAGACUCAGUUCCUGAUAUCAAUGUUAUCACUGGCGUAUUGAAGGAUUAUUUAACGGAGCUGCCCCAGCCACUGUUUAGCCGAUGCUUAUAUCAAAUGACCUUGGAUGCUUUAGGUGUAUGUCUCCCAGAUGACAAAGAAGGCAAUGCUCGUUUAAUGGCAUCUAUUGUUGAAUGCCUACCUCGUGCGGCUCGCGCUACCUUGGUCUUCCUUCUUGACCAUUUGGCCUUGGUAGUGGCUGCCCAGGACCGCAAUAAAAUGUCACCUCAGCAUUUGGCAGUGGCGAUGGCCCCACCUCUAAUGCUCCAAUCACAACCACCAGCGGAGAUGGACUAUCAGCGUCCGAUUCACGUCCUCCAAUGCCUCUUGCAGAUUUGGCCACCUCCGAAACGUUCAGUUCGGCGCGGCGAGCCAGCAACCGGGCCGCGUGGAAACAGAGUCAGUGCGUCGCCAGUGGCCUCAGCCACCCUCCCCCCAGGCCGAGUUCCGCCCUCAGUCAGUCCAUAUCGGCAUCAAGCGGGAGCAUCAGCAGCAUCUCCGCCGCCAGCUCUCUCGGGUCGGCCCGUGGCCGACCGCUCGCCGCCCGCACAUGUUCUCUCAUCAGUCAGGGCCGGCCAAUAUCGUCCGCAGUCGCCUCUUCGAGGCCCUCUGCCCGCUCCUCCUCGCUCCCGUCAGGUGACAGUAUCGUCCCCCGGUUCGCCCAGUAGCAGUUCCGGGAGUCACAGUCCAGCUGACACUAUCAAGCAUGGCGGAUCCGUUUCGUCGAUACUGCGGCAGCCGGAGCGGGCGAGCUCGCCUCGUGCGUCACCGAGACACUCUCCUCGAGCCUCUCCACGCGAGUCGCCCCGCAGUACUCCACGAGACCCGACUCCAAGGGCGACAACGCCAAGGGAGUUCGUUUCGAGGGAAAUGCGCGAGGGUACGUCGCGCGAGGGAACACCGCGCGAGGGACCAUCACGCGAAGGCACGCCACGGGAGGGGAGCUCGCGCGAGUCGCCGCGCUCUGCUAUUCCGGGCACGUCGGCGGGGCUGGCGGUGACGCUGAAUUCGGGCGCGCCGAGCCCGCGCUACAGUUCUACCAACCCUUUUCUGCAGCAGUACGACGCGGAGGAGGAGGCGGAGGCGUGGCGCGCCGCUGAUAUCUUCUCCUCGACAUCCACGCACACAUAGUGCUCAUAGCGAAUUGAGAUUUUCUAGUCAAUUUUUUUAUUGAAUCGAAAGAGUGCUACGAUUCUGCUGUAUAUUAUGUUGUUCGACGAGCGUGUUGCGCGCUCGUGAAAUGUUUGUUAUAUAUAGAGCGAGUUACGAUGUAUAUUAUUGUGAGAAUGUUUACCUUCUGACGCGCGAGGCGACGCCUCGCCGGCCGCCGGUGCUCCGCCCCCUAGACGCAAUAGUGUUAUCGUAUUAUAUUGUACAUUGUAUAUAAUUGAAUACGUAUAUGUAGGUACGCUACGAUUUUGUACCAUACGGCGGGCCUCGGCGGACGGCCCGAAGCGCUACACACAUCGUCCCACAUAUCAGAGGCUUGCGUACACAAUCGACACGCCAUCGGUUCACGAGAAACACUAUCAUGCGAAAGAUUUCACUCAUUAAAGUAUACCACGAUAAUGGUUCGUAAUACCGUGACUCGUGAGUGUCGACAGUAGACACAAGUCAGUAGGUCGAGUAGGGAGAGUAUCAUAGAUCAGACGCGGACCGUCUUGAGACUGAGACCAUAUCAGUAGCUCGUAGUUGGUACCACUCGAUGGACAUCCGUCGUAGAACGAGCGAUUACGUGACAAGUUAGAAGGUCUAGCGUUGCUGUUAUGAAAAUUUCGAAUAUUCAAAAUAAUCCUUGUUCAUUAUUAACUUAAAUAUAUGUAUAACGGUAUAUUAAACUAACAUAGAAUUUAGUAAAGCAUUUUUACGAGUCGCUAAUUCUAUGAAGGAAUGGUUUUUUUUAUCAUAUGAGAUCGGUCGCAAUCUCAAGAUCGGAGUUAUUAUUUACGAAUUUCAAAUGGAUUUAAUAUUACUACUGUCUAAUAAAGGUUAAGCUAAAUUUUAAUUUUAUAAAAAUAUAUAUUAAAACUUAUAUUUCAAAUCUCAUUUAAUUAAGAUAAUUUUAAUAUUAUUCUGUGACAAAAAUGAGUUGCAAGCUAAGUUGGUACUAAAGAGCACUUAAAUUUGAAAUUCGAAGAUAAUAUCUCAGUUCUUAAAACUAGCAUCUGCUAGACAUAUAAGGGUGGUAGAAAUCGACCAAUGACAGCACUGAUUGAAUUUGUCACUGCCAUGAUUGGUCCAUUUUAUAUAGAGAGCAUAUUGUAUUAAUAACACUAAUUUAUAUGUCUGUCGGAGGCUGUUUGGUUACAAAUGGCUUUUGAGCAACACUUCAAGAGAAGUUUUGUUAUAAAUGUUUAUUAUAAAAAUAGCAUUGCACAAAGAACACGACUGAUAUGGGACACAACGUUUUUGAUACUUUACCGUUUUACCUGUUUCUUGUUUGUGAUAAUACUAGGACUUGUGUUGGAACCUCGCCUUUUAUAUAAACCGGAUGUUCGCUCAUGAAUUCUUAUUCUACUCUCACUAAUUUACAAUGGGGAAGAUCUCUCACCAGGCUGUCUGUUGAAUUAAUAUUAACGUAAUAUAUUUCUAAAUAAAAUAAAUAAGAAACGUUGGACUUUAUUGUAUUGACCUGUUAAUGUGCUUAUGUAUUGAUUAAACUUAAAUAAAUGGAAAAAAGAGAAUUUAUUCGUAGUUAUUAGAUCGUCGCAACUUGUAUGCGACUCGUGUAGAUCGUGGUAGAGAAUUCAUGCACGGAUAUUUCUAAAUAAUAAUCUUUUCUGAAGGUGAAAAAUCUAUGACAAUAUGAUUUUAGAAGUGAAUUUAUAAAAGUCUAACACAUUAUGUGGAUGUAUAGCCUACGCGUAUGUACAGGGAUGUCGCUAAUGGAAUUAGUGUUUUACUAUUCGCAGCUAAGUCAUUCAUCUUCCAAUCUCUUAUAAAUAUAACAUAAACGAAACAGUAUAAAUAUUGCAAUACGUACAUUAAUUAAAUUUAGAUUAUCAUUAGAAGCAUACACUAAUUUCAUUCGGGGCGUCGUGAAUGAAUAUAUCGGGUCGUAUUAUUGGAAACACUUUAAACAAAUAAUAUAUAGCUGCAACAACGAUUUUUAAAACUUUAUAUGCCAUAACGAUUAAGAGAACUAAUAUUAAACUUUUCUAUAUGAUAUGUAAUUAAUGAAUAAUAAUAAUAAUUUAUUGAAAACGUUUAAAAUUUACAUAACAUAUCUACAUCGCUUUUACAUACAUUCAUAUUAGCUUUUGUUUUGUGUAUAGCCUAUUAAAUAGGUGCAAUCCGUAUUGAUAGUGACGUCGAAAGAGUUUUGUCUUUAAGAGAAAAUAUAAUAUUAUAAACGGCUUUUAUAAGACUUUCAACGACCCGGUGUUUAAAAUCGAGUCGAUGUGUUCGGUAUCGCGGGCGUUUAGUACUAACGAUAUGAAGUGAACUAAUUUAAUUAUAUUUAAUGUAACUAAUGUUAUAUUCAAUAGUACGAUCCGUACAUACAGCAUAGAUGUAAAUAUAACUUGAAGUGUCGCUCGACAGUGUGUAGCCAGCCGCAGUAGCGGCAGUAGUGUGUAGUGACUACGGCGCACGGCUUCAGUUGGCUUCGACGCGGCGGCAACAUUGAGAGACGUCUUGUUGUCAUAUUUAUGUAGAUAAAAAUAUAUGUUGUGAAUUUAUGUAAAUAUACCCGAUCGCUUUAAUGAGAUGCGAAUA